CGCCGUGCAGGACGACUACUCGGGCAACAGCUACGCUCACGACGAAAACAGCGACGGAAAGGUGACCUCCGGGUCUUACCGCGUCAACCUCCCCGACGGUCGCACCCAGCUCGUUAAAUUCACUGCCGAUAGCCACAACGGUUACGUCGCCCAGGUGGAAUACCAGGGAGAAGCUGUCUACCCGGCACCCGCACCUUCCUACCCAGCGCCUGCACCUUCCUACCCUCCCCCACCAGUAUACGCCUAAGAGAUCUCGGUCCUUUCUGAAAAAAUGAGGAACUUCACUUCCGGCUCGAACUGGAAAUUCCGUAAAAUGCAGUAUUCCCAGGAUAUAAAGUCAUUGCCCCAAAGUUAUGAUAUUUUGUGUUUUCUGUUGUUGACUCUUGCUUUCUGCAAACGCUCUUGAAGUUGUUUAUAUCUAUUGUUGUAAUGGUUCGGUAGGUUAUCCGAUAGCGCGCUAUCUUUGACAAAUUAUACUUCCUGCCAACAAAAUAUAGAUAUUUUAGGUUAUGAUAUUCCUCUUGUUAUAUGUUCGGGGGAAAUGUUUUAGCCUUUCGCGUACUGUACUUCUGAAGGAAACGAGAUACUCGUCGAUGUCUUUCAUGAAGGCCCAGUCAAUCUUGUCAUCGUGAUACUCGUAGCUGAUAGUUCACCGUAACAUUGACUCAAAUAUUGUCUCUUGUCUCUGUAGUUCUUGCUCUCAUCUGAUGUAGUUUAAUGUGUAUGUAGUCAUCUCUUGCUUUUUCCCGAUGUUCAGUGCGUUUGAAGAUUGCUCGAUUUUUUCCAUUUAUUUUUCCCAUUGCAUACUUUGAUAUAGGACAAGAUGGUUAUUUUCUCUUGUUCCUCGAAUUGUCAGACCACAUCAUAAUUAAUACCUUCAAUGCAAAGGUAUCUGUAGACCUUUUGUAAAUAAAAGCAAACGAACAA